UCUUACCAUGAUUUAGCUGUCCGCCUUGAGUCUAUAAUUCUUGAACUUGAGCAUGAGAAAAAUGAUGUCUUAAUCAUUGCUCAUGAAACGGUAUUGAAAUGCUUGUAUGCGUAUUUGUUUGACCAACCGGAAGAUGAAAUACCCAGAAAUGUUAUACCUAACAACUAUUUGAUAGAAAUUAUUCCUUCUGCAUACGGAUGUAGGGAGACUCGAAUGGAGAUUGAAUAUACCGUAAAUCAAACUGUGCCUUCGUUAAUGAAAUCUGACUCUCAUGUUUAG